AUUCUCGCUGGGUUUGAAAAGGGAGGGCAGCAUGGCAACACACACCUUUAAAGACGGAGACAAGCGCCUACACUGGCCUCACUACUGCUCUCCUCUCUGACAGCAACAGCAGCAAUAAUCAUGCUCAGCCUCAUCAAAUUACCGCGAGUCUUCACCAUCAAUCAAGUGCCCAAACUUUUCCAUGAGGACGGCAUCAUCUCUGGAUACCGACAUCCCCACAGCUCAGCCACUGACUGCAUCUUGAGCCUCUUCCAGCUGACCAAUGAGACGCUCAACAUCUGGACACACUUCCUUCCCACCUGGUAUUUCCUAUGGAAAACAGGGACUGUGGUGCUGAUGCACACAGCAUGGCAGGACUCCUUCACCUGGCCUCUGGUCGUCUUCCUGCUCUCCUGCUGCAUUUAUCCGCUGGCGUCAAGCUGUGCUCACACCUUCAGCAGCAUGUCGGAGCGGGCAUACCACAUCUGUUUCUUCUUCGAUUACGGUGCCCUCAGUUUCUACAGUCUGGGGUCUGCAAUCAGCUACUCAGCUUAUGUUUUCCCGGACAAGUGGGUGAACAGCUUCUUCCACCAGUGGUACGUCCCCAUGGCUAUGCUCAACACUGUGGUGUGCACGGGCCUGGCCUGCUACUCCAGAUUUACUGUGUCCCAGAGUCCGAAGUUCAGCAAAUACCUCCGAGUUGUUGCCUUCUCCUACCCCUACCUGUUUGACAACAUUCCUCUGUUCUACAGGGUGUUUCUGUGUGUAGGAGAGGGCUGUACAGACAAUGAUACAAACAUCCUCCACUGCAACCACAUCGCCUUGGCUUUCCUCACAGGCUUUCUGUUCGCCACACAUUUACCUGAGCGCCUGGCACCUGGCAGCUUUGACUACAUAGGUCACAGCCAUCAACUCUUUCAUGUGUGCGGUAUCCUCGGCACACACUUCCAGAUGAAGGCCAUUGAACAGGACAUGAUGACAAGGCACCCCUGGCUCCUUGAAAACUCCAUACCCAUCACCUUUUACAACUCAGUGUGUGCAGGGCUGCUUUGUCUGGUGGUGAAUCUGACUAUCAUUAUCCUCUUCAGUCUACCUCUCCUCACUCCUCCAGUCUCUAAAGAAAAGCAAUAUUAUACUGGUCCAAAGAAGAACUCAGCUAAGCGUUGCCUCUACUGGUGAACCUCUAAGCUGUUAAGGAUUGCCCGUGCGUCACGGCACAUCCAGGCAUGUCAAAAAGAGUGCAUUGUGGGGAUAUCAAAACAUUUUAAAGAGCAUUUCUGAGCAAAGAGGAGCUGAUCUGCAUUAAAGUUCCAGUGGUGUUGGUGCUAAAGAGAUCACUGUGAUGACUGCAUGUGUCAGUAAUCUUAAAGUGAGACCAUCACUUGCACAAACUGGAAAUGAACUGUUACAAAAUACAAAUGUAGCAUGUUAGCUACAUUAUGAGGCACUGCUGUAUUUGUUCAUAAGCUAUUUGAUGCUCAAUACUCUGAUUUCCACUCAUGUGGAGUUUGAAGUGACGGCCAGGUGCAAGGAACACAAUCUAUGUAGAAUAAAAAAUGGUAACAUCACUGUCAAUUUUAAAUUGCAGUGUGGUAUUGAAGUGCUUGUGAAUACAUGUAUUUGAUAGUAUGCACAUCACUCGCAUACAACAUGAACAGAAAUAAGAGACAGUUUUGACAAGGGAAGAGAAUGGCUACAAAGAUGCAACAAAAUGAAGUUAGAUUUAAAUGACUGUAAUACAUGAUAUGUAGCUAAUACAGAGUAAAUUCAGAGUAGUUUAUUUCCCUCACAUGAUUGCUGUUUCUGUCCCGGUAGAAUUUUGAGACGUGCCACAUUGUGCCUUAAUGAUGCAAAACUGAAAAGUAUUUAUGUGCAAUAUUAUUUAUUAUUAUUUUUCAAAUA